AUGGAUUUCCCACCUCGUCUAAGGUUAUUACGUUGGGAGGUAUACCCUGGAAAGUGUCUUCCUUUUACAUUUACGCCAGAACAUCUUGUGGAACUCAAUUUGGUACAUAGCAAGCUCGAGAAGCUUUGGCAAGGAACCCAGCCCCUUACAAAUCUCAAGAGGAUGGAUUUGUCACUGGUCCUCAAUCUUAAGGAACUCCCUGAUCUUUCAUACGCUACCAAUCUCGAGAAACUAGCGGUGGACGGUUGCUAUAGUUUGGUAGAGAUUCCUUCAUCUAUUGGAAAUCUUCCUAAACUAGAGGAGUUGCAGAUGGCUUUCUGUAUAAAGUUACAAGUUGCUCCACUCUCUUCAACUUGGCAUCUCUUGAAACAGUCACCUUGUGGGAUGCGGGCAAUUUAG